CUCAUGUACAUAACUCUUUCUCGUUUAACCUUCGUAGUCAGAAUUAUGUGUAUGUAACGUUACUGGAUUUCUGCUAAUCGACAGGACAACGGACCCUACAUCACAGUCAUAAUGAGAAUCAUAAUAGGUGGAGGUUCAGGGUUUGUUGGUCGUGAGCUGACACGUUUGUUGAAAACCAAAGGUCAUGAAAUAACAAUCAUAUCCAGGCAGCCAGGUCCAGGGAGAAUAACAUGGGCUGAUGUAGAGUCAGGGGGUCUACCACCAUGUGAGGGCGCUGUCAAUCUAGCAGGGGAGAAUAUUAUGAACCCCUUGAAAUGGUGGAAUGAAAGUUAUAAGAGGGAUCUGUUCUCCAGCCGUGUAGAUACAACCAAACUGUUGACUCAGGCUAUUACCGCCUCGCCUAAUCCACCACAUUCAUGGGUGCUUGUCACAGGAGUUGCCUGUUAUAAUCCUAGUCUUCAAACUGAAUACACUGAGGAGAGUGACUGGACACCAUUUGACUUCCUGUCUCGUCUGGUACAGGAGUGGGAGCGAGCAGGGCAGCUUCCUGACAACAGUGCUAAGAAAACGAGACAAGUGGUGAUCCGACCAGGUGCCGUGUUAGGACGUGAUGGUGGCGCCAUGAAACAGAUGAUGAUCCCAUUCUGGCUUGGUCUUGGUGGGACUCUUGGCUCGGGACGUCAACCCUUUCCGUGGAUUCAUGUCUCAGACUUGGCUGGAAUCAUUGCUCAUUCGCUGGAGCCACAUAAAGAACCACCAUCCACAAAACCUGAUGUGUUUAAUGGGGUUGCGCCUGCUUUGAAUACAAAUUAUGAGUUCACUAAAGAGUUGGGCAAGGCUCUAAAAAGGCCUACGAUCUUCCCCGUGCCCGCCUUUCUCUUAGAUGCCUUCCUUGGUUCUGAGAGAGCCGUUAUCCUCACACAAGGGCAGAAAGUGGUACCCAAAAGAACGCUUGAGUCAGGCUUUGAGUUCAGAUACCCAGAUUUUACCUCUGCUUUAAGGGAAAUUGUUGGACAUUAGAGAUCUGUCGAAACACAAGGUGCUAGCCCAAUAAAAUGUCCUGAAGGAGACUAGGCUUAUUGCUGAUAAAGAUACAUCUAAUGUUAAAUAAUUAUAGUGUAAUGUUGCUAUUUAAAUGUUCUUGACCGCAUUCGUUUUUCCUCCCCUGAAUUAUGUACUGUAUAAGUUUACACACACUUUGCAAAAUCUGAUUUUUUUUUUCAAAGUCUAAGAAUUAAAUUUGAAGCUGUAUAUGAGUUGUGUAUGAGUACAUGAUUGAUCUAUAACUCAGAUUCUGCAAUAUGUAUGUAAACCUGUGACUACAACUUCAUAUCUAUCUGUGUACAGAACAUGUUUUGGGUAGAAUAAAAACUGCAUUUGU